AUGCGUGCCGCUGUCCUGUUCUUCUGUCUGCUCCCUGCUCUGAGCAAUGCAGCUGCACUUCCAGCUCUCUACGAUGGAAUCAGUCUGUCGUCGCAACUACUGGAUCUCGUCAAGAGCAAAUAUUUCUUCUUACAAACAAGUAUCAACAGACUGCAGCAGGGUAUUGUCAAUCUACGGAACGCCCCUAUCAGCGAAUCCGACAUCGCUACACUCGAGCCGCAGAUCCUCUCACUGAACGGUAGACUUCGUAAUGUGCUAUCCAGACCAGAGCUCCUGGAUAGAAUUCGUAUAAGUCAAUCAUCCACUUUGAUCGGAGGCUUGGCGAAUCUCAGAGAAAUCCUCCCAGCCAGUCAAUCCGCGUUCAAUGCCAAGUUUCGCAGUCUGGGAGCAUAUGGCAUGAUCACACAAGUUCUGGGUGAAAUUAAUCAACUCGUUAGCGCCAUUGGAGCGCGCCUGUGA